AGAAGGCAGGGGAUGUUGACAGCUUAAAUAAACGUUAUUGUCUACGCGAAGACAUAACGGAUUUGUUUCUUUAGAGAGUUAGCUAGCGUUAAUUAACCUAUACCAAAUAUACAAUAGCAGGCAAAUAUCCACUAAUGGGCUCCCGUUAUAAAGUUACUUUGGUUACUAACAACUGGACAAACUCAGCAUCUGCCAUCUGUUGAGGGCAACCACUACACUGGCUAUUGCUAUGGCUGAUAGGAAGGGCUGCAGAUUCAGUUUGGAGAUGACAUUUCUACAUUAGCUGUCUUUUCUGGAUCUUUCCUGAUCCUGACAGACCUGUAUGGCGUGCCCGGUCCAGUUCCUCUGCCGGGGAAUUCGCACUGUUGGAUUAGUUCUCCUAUACUAUGCCUUCUCUAUAGGCAUCACAUUCUAUAACAAAUGGCUGAUGAAGGGCUUCCACUAUCCCCUCUUCAUGACAUUAGUUCAUCUCGCCAUCAACUUCUGCCUGACUGCUCUGACUCGAAGGGCCAUGCAGUGCUGGACAGGGAAACCUCGCGUCAUUCUGAGCUGGACAGAUUACCUCCAUAAAGUGGCUCCUACAGCCUUGGCAACAGCACUGGAUAUUGGACUCUCCAACUGGAGCUUCCUCUUCAUCACCAUUAGCUUGUACACCAUGACCAAAUCUUCAGCAGUGCUUUUUAUCCUUUUUUUCUCUCUGGUGUUUAAACUAGAAGAGCCGAACCCAUUCCUGGUCGUGGUGGUCCUGCUGAUCUCCAGCGGUCUGUUCAUGUUUACAUUUGAGUCCACCCAGUUCAACCUGCAGGGCUUCAGCAUGGUGCUGCUGGCCUCCUUUAUCGGCGGGAUCCGCUGGACCCUCACUCAGGUCCUCAUGCAGAAAGCAGAGCUGGGCCUUCAGAACCCAAUAGAUACUAUGUACCACCUCCAACCUCUUAUGUUUGUUGGCCUCUUUCCCCUCUUCCUGUAUAAUGAAGGACUGAGCCUCAGCACCUCAGAAAAGUUAUUCCGAGUGACGGAGCUCUCUCCUCUCCUGUAUUCUCUCAUCACGCUGAGCAUCGGCGGCAUACUGGCCUUCGGUUUAGGCUUCUCAGAGUUCCUGCUGGUCUGCCGGACCUCCAGCCUCACGUUAUCCAUUUCAGGGAUUUUUAAGGAGCUGUGCACUCUACUGUUGGCAGCUGCUCUGAUGGGAGACAGAAUGAACAUGAUAAAUUGGCUGGGAUUCGCCGUGUGUCUGUGUGGCAUUUCAUUGCACGUGGGACUCAAGACAUAUUAUUCCAAAAAUAAGGGACCAUCUUUAAGGCAGCUCAACAGUAAGAGCCCGGAGCUGGAGCUGCCAUUACUGCGGCAGAACGGAGACGAUUCAGCUGCUGAAUUCAACGAUGAAGAUGAGGAACAAGAAAUCACUCUGCACUAACAGCAUAGGAUAUGGGCCCACGAUUUCCAUUGUCUUUCCUUUACUCUUCACCAGAUGUUUUGAACAUUGACAUCAACGUUGGGACACACUGCCACCAAAAGAGUAACUAACUCUUCUCCUACACCAAUCAUGUCUUCAGGCCAAGCCCGGGCCUCAUUAUGUAGCUCUACAUUAACUGGGGACUUGACACAAGUUAUGAUCUUGUGCCUUAGGGAAUCUUCUGAAAAGGUAGCUAAUACAUGCAAGUGUCAACAAAGUAUGAUAAAUGGGGAACGAGAGGGUGUUGAAAGAAUACUUUGACAGCUUGAAUUGUAGUUGGUCAUUUGUCUUUGCUAGAUACUUGUCAUCUUCUUGCAUUGUUGUAAACCAAAGGAUGAGAAAUAGUUUGAUGGGGUUACACAUGGGUGCAAACUUGUCAAAUGUUGGUGAAAAUCGUUGUUUUGAAUUCAGACUACCGCAAAAAAAAUCUGCGUUUGAGUUGUGACAUUGCUCGUAUGUAUGAAAACACAGUUUAGCUUUAGGUGUAACUGACCUGUUGCUGGGGUGCACUCUGGUAUUAUAUACAAUUACUAAUCUUACUUUUUUCGUAAGUGCCUUGAACUGAUGCUGCCCUAUACAUUAAUUUUGAAGCUGUAAUAUGACACAUUUUAAAGCUUAUUUUCAACACAUUUUCUUCUCUGGCGGGCCUUAGGGGUUUCAUUUUUUCUUUUUUCUUAACCUUUUUCACCCGGGUGACUUUGCACCCCUGUUUUCCAGUGUCUGGUUUAGGAAAAAUCCACUUCAAGUGAAGGUGUCCCGGUAUCCCUGGAACCCAGAUUGGGUACAAGGGUAGCGUCAUUUCAGAUUCAGUAUUAUGUCAUUUCUAUCCGUUAGUCAUGUAGCCCGACUUAUUUAAAUGUUACUGUGUAAAAACUAGAUCUGAGUUAAACACUGCACAAAAGAAAUCAAUACAUGCAGAUACAUUUAAAGGUUUGUAGGGCAGCAAGUAAUUUACAUUAUCAAUUAAAAAUAUAUAUUCAGAUACCAGGAAGAGGACAAAGAAUGCAUCAAACCAUCACAUUUGAGAAGAAAAUAAAUAGGAAAUAUUUGGCAUCUUUUUCUUCAAAAAUCACCUUAAUGAUGAAUGAAUUGCUGAUUAAGACCAAAGAAUGAGUCAAUGUCUGGACUGGUGGGAGAAAGCCCCUUAUAACAUGCUAUGAUGGUGUAUGUAUUGAUAUUGGAAGAUGUCACAAUAUGAUCAUUUUAAUGAUGGUUACUUUAAAAGCUCAUUUCAUUCAAGUAAAACUCAGCUGGGUUUGAGACCACUUAUUGAGUCUAAACGUAAUGGUAUCUAGCCAUUAUGUAAAGAGUUGUGAAAUGGCUUUGCCUUAAUGUGCCUUGUCGAUGUGACAGCAGUCAAUAAGCCUCAUUUCAAAUAACUAUUUAGGAUCAUAAUGGAAUCCAGGAUUGUGUAGCUGAGGUUAUUGAUAUUAAAGCCAUUGCACAGGAAAAACAUUUUUGUAAAUUAUAGAAUUGUACAAAAUUCAGGAAAAAAAUGACUUUUUGAAAAUGUUUGUUUUUUCUUUUCAGAAUAACACUUUAAAAUGUCUGAUUUACAGGGACGGAAGAUGCCAAAAUAAAAGAGAUACAUGAGUCAAAUGAA